UGGCAGGGCGACGGUACGGAGGAGACUGGAGGAUGGACUGGUUUCCACCUGGAGCACCAGUGGGUGUCUGAGCGACCAAACAAGAGAGGGAGCAGCAAUAUUUCACAGCUGCAGAUGGAGGAGAGGUUUGGUUCUCAAGACUGGUACCGUACCAUCAUCCAGGAUCCAAGCAGCAGGAGUCACACAGUUCGAGGACUGACUCCGACCGUUACCUACCAGUUCCGCAUAACACCCAUCAACCACCGCACCAUCGGACACCCGUCUGUAGCCAGGACUCCAGUGGAACUGCAUGACAACAUGUACCCUGCUGUGGUUGGAGCAGCUGUUGGUGGGAUGCUCUUUGCAGCCAUUCCUACUGUGCUGCUGCUUGUUUUCAUCAUACGUAACCGGGAUAGCAAUCCUCGACUACAUGCAAUGCUUUUUGGCUCGCAGCACAGCCAAUCCAGAGAAAAUAUUAACUUCCCUGAGGAUGAGGUGGUUGCUGACUCAGAUGGUGGGCUAGAGAACACUACUGGAUCAGGUCCAACUUCAGCAGAACCAAAGGCAUCAUCUUCUCUCACCCCAGGCAAGCAUCUCCCACUGCAGACGUAACGAGCCGCUAACCGCCGUUUGCACCAGCUACAAGAUCAUAACUGUGUGAAUCUAAAUCAUUUGGGUAUCAAUAAAUCCCGUGUUAUUUUUAUAGACUGUAGGCAGUUUGAUUCGUCACACCAAGGCAUUUUAUCAAUCUAUGAAGAAUUUAUUUUAAGAAAUGAUUUGCUUGUUUAGGUAGUGACCGGGAUUUAGUUUUUAAUUUAGCUUUUAACGACUGCAGGAGAUGAUGGAAUGUAAGAAUUCAGAAAAUUGAAAGAUAUAUGUCUGAAUGUCACUUGUGCAAUGUGUAAUUACGUUACCAUUAGUUUUUUCACAGUUCUUCACCACUCAGUGUCAUUUAGCCUUUACAAGCAAUUGACGACAUGCUGAAAUAAGAGUUUAUGUUUAAAACAUUAAAAGUGUGUUUUUAUUUUUACAUGUAAACUUAUCUCCAAGACUGUCUGUGUCACAAAAUAAUGUAAAAAUGGUUAAGUUAUGCUCAAUUCAAAUUAAACAUGUUUGUGUAUUUAAAUCAAAAGUCAGUUUUACAUAACAUUCAGCAUUUUUACACUAGAUGUUCUUCCCAUUAAAUCUAUAUUAAAUGGGUUUUUCUGUACUGAAUCUGUAAAAUGACAUUAAAAUAAAUAAGACUUCUUCCCUCU